UGCUAGAGCGCGUUCGCAGCUAAGCUCUGCAAAAGAAAGGACAGAAGAAGAAGAAGCGGUCAACUGUCACUGUUGUGACAGAACUGUUUCAACGGCAUGAAUGACGCUCUGCAGACCUGAAUCAAACUUUUAAACCGAGUAGAAAAAAAUACACUAGGUGUUUAAACCCAGAAGAGACCGACUUGGAUAGGGGAACCGUUACCGUUGUCGUCCUAUGUUGCAGAUUACAUUAGCUUAGCUUGUUAGCUUAGCAGGAUACCCAGUCACCCGUGUCGUGUGUGCAGGACUGUGUCAUUUGGAGCGAGGAGAUUCACACGGUCUGGAUGGUACUUAACACACGGGGCUGUCCCAUUUCGAUACAAACUGGACUUUUGAACGUUUAGAUAUAACGAAAUCUCAACCUGCUAAACAAGGAAGUUUGAAUUAACUUUUCUGCUAGCUCGUAGCUGCAUUGAUUCAUUAUGCUGCUCUGAGGAGGACUGCAGGUUGUUGCGUGCUCUCCAAGUCGUCAUCUGGCCGGUUCUUUUGGGUCUAGUGAAAGGCGGUGUGUUAACUAACGUGAGAAACGCUUCAGAGACAUGAUUCCCGACAAAGUACCGAAGGAAGACGUCUUCCACGGGUCCCUGGACCUGAAGAAGGAAGCUCACAUCUCCAGUUUUGAGAAAUAUAAAGAUCUCUACUUGAAAUCUAUAGAGAGUCCGGAUGAGUUCUGGGGGGGUAUCGCCAAAGAUUUCUUUUGGAAGACGAAACACACAGGUCAGUUCCUUGACUACAACUUUGACGUGACCAAAGGAGAAGUCUUUGUCAAGUGUAUGGAGGGCGCCUCCACCAACAUCUGCUACAACCUCCUCGAUUACAACAUACGCGAGCGGAAUCUUGGCAAUAAUGUGGCCUUCUACUGGGAGGGCAACGAGCCUGGAGAUGACCUGUCUGUGACCUACAGGGAGCUCUUACACCGAGUCUGUCAGUUUGCCAACGUCCUCAAGUCCCAAGGAGUGAAGAAGGGCGACCGUGUGUCUAUUUACAUGCCCAUGGUAGUGGAGCUUGUGGUAGCCAUGUUGGCCUGCACCCGAAUCGGAGCGGUUCACUCCAUAGUGUUUGCCGGGUUCUCCGCCGAGUCUCUGUGUGAGAGAAUCAUGGACUCCAAGUGUUCCCUGCUCCUCACAGCUGACGGUUUCUAUCGAGGAGAUAAGCUGAUCCAACUCAAGCUUUUGGCUGAUGAAGCCCUGCAGAAAUGCAAAGACAUGGGGUUUCCUGUUAAGAAGUGCAUAAUGCUAAAGCACUUGUCCAAAGAAGCAGAGGACGCUGCUCUGGGCUGCCAGUCUCCUCCUGCCAAGCGAUCCUGUCCUGAUCUACAGGAGAAACAGUGGGUAAAGAAAAGCCGUCCGGUUCCACAGGUCCCGUGGAACCCUGAGGUGGACCUUUGUUGGCACACUCUGCUGUGCGACGCUUCAGAUGAGUGUGAACCAGAGUGGUGCGAGUCUGAACAUCCUCUUUUCAUCCUCUAUACCAGCGGCUCAACCGGGAAACCAAAGGGAGUUCUUCACACACUCAGCGGCUACAUGCUCUACACAGCCACUACCUUCAAGAUGGUGUUUGACUACCAGCCCGAUGACGUCUACUGGUGCACCGCAGACAUCGGCUGGAUCACAGGACACUCCUACAUCACUUAUGGUCCACUAGCCAAUGGAGCCACCAGUGUCCUGUUUGAAGGCCUGCCCACGUAUCCAGAUGUGAGCCGCAUGUGGGAGAUUGUGGACAAAUAUCAUGUGACCAAGUUCUACACUGCUCCAACCGCCAUUAGGCUGUUGAUGAAGUACGGCAGUGAGCCAGUGCAGAAGUAUAAGCGAGAGUCUCUGAAAGUCUUGGGGACCGUGGGAGAGCCCAUCAACCCUGAGGCCUGGCUGUGGUAUUACAACGUGGUGGGGGAGAAGAAGUGUCCCAUUGUUGACACCUUCUGGCAAACAGAAACUGGUGGACAUGUGUUAACUCCUCUACCAGCAGCGACACCCCUGAAACCUGGAUCAGCUACCUUUCCGUUUUUUGGAGUUGUCCCAGCCGUCCUCAAUGAGUCGGGAGAGGAGCUGGAGGGUCCGUGUGAGGGAUACCUGGUGUUCAAACAACCGUGGCCCGGUGUGAUGAGGACGGUGUAUGGAAACCAUCAGAGGUUUGAAACCACCUACUUCAAGAAGUUCCCUGGAUACUACGUCACAGGCGAUGGUUGCCGCAGAGACAAAGAUGGCUACUAUUGGAUAACGGGGCGGAUCGACGACAUGCUGAAUGUCUCUGGUCACCUGUUAAGUACAGCAGAGGUAGAGUCGGCCCUGGUGGAGCACGAGGCCGUAGCCGAGGCUGCUGUGGUGGGUCGACCUCAUCCUGUCAAAGGAGAAAGCCUCUACUGCUUUGUAACGCUGGCGGAGGGAGUGACGUAUAACCACACGCUGGAGGCUCAACUCAAAAAACAAGUGAGGGAGAAGAUCGGGGCCAUUGCAACACCAGACUACAUCCAGAACGCUCCAGGACUCCCCAAGACCAGAUCUGGAAAGAUCAUGCGACGUGUGCUGCGCAAAAUUGCCUGCAAUGAGCGAGACCUUGGCGACAUCUCCACACUGGCCGACUCGUCCGUCGUCGAGCAGCUCUUCCAGAACAGAUGCUGCUCCGCUGUGUGAAGCGCUGUGGGAUCCUUGCUAGGAGGCUCCCAGUCAGGGAAGGAGCAGCAGUCGAGCUUGUCCAGUAAAAUCCCGUUAGUUCUGAGGCUGAGCAGCUGGUAGCCCCAGUGUUUAAAAUUAUCCCACUGCUUUUUUUUGGAAGGGAAAUCGGCAGCACACGUGUAUUCCCUGCUUCAGUAGCACUAACAUGUGUUGCUCAUCAGAAGACUUGAACGUCUUCCUUUACGUGACUCAAGGCUGAUGAGCUGCGGCGGAGCCUCAAACAUAAUAUGGAGCUUUGCUUAAUGAGUGGAAUACGACUGAACAAGUGCUGGCUUUAGCUUCUGUAACAAGUCGCCUUCUCCUCUCAUUUGAUGCCAAUUAUGGAGCCUGAUGAUUCGCUAAGUCAGAGAGAACUCGACAUUUCUAAUUCUUUUCAUUUCUGUUAAAUAGUUUUGUCUUCAUUCUAGGAUUUGUUGCUAUUUUUGUUUGUGUCUCCACAUUUGUAUGUUCUUGUCCAAUUUUUUUAGUCGCAGUAAAAUGAUCAGCUGGUGGAAACAAAAAGUUUGUUCAGCCUCAUAAAGCUCAGAGAUGCGUUGAAGCUUCAUGUUAUGUCUCAGUUAUGAUUUAACAGCUGUCACAUGCAAAUAGAAUGAAAUUAUGAUUUUCAUGGGUACAGUAAGAGGUAAAUAUGGCUUCAGUCACAUUUAUACCAAAUGGUGUGCGUCUGCUUCUCUGGGCUGGUUUUACCAACAGAGCCUGAAUGAGCUCCAGCUACUAAGGCUCUUCAUUGGAUUCAGAUUCCGUUAAACCUGAACAAGGCUCCAGGGGUCAGGUUACCAUUAGCUGUGAUCCCCACUACGGUUCCAAUGAAAAUCCCUGAUCAUGAGCAUAUGUAACAGUAACGGUAUGGAUUCAAUGUUGGCUCUGAGAUACUCUUAUGUUAUGUUUGGAAUCCAACUAUUAACUAGAAGCAGGAGAUAGUUUAGAAUUUUCUUACUUGUUACUGUUUUUCUAUGUGUCAAAUUAAUGGUGGCGCUGGAUGAAUAAUGCUCGUAACUAAAUCUGCCACUAAAAGGAAAAGGUGCAGCUGCUUGUUUGAUUUAGUUUUUGUCUGAUUGGGUGUUUUCAUUUCUUUGUAUCGUGACAUGACAGUAAAAGACUUAACUACUGA